CCACCAAGGAUAGUAAUGAGGAGUAAAUGAAACUGAGGGGCCGAAUCUCUCCUAAUGAAACUGAGGGGCCGAAUCUCUCCUACAGUCAUCGUAUUGUUGUUGUUUGUCUUGUGUUAGUGAGGAGGAGAGCGAAGAAGAGGAGUUUGGGAAUGUUCAUAUCAUUGAGCUCCACAAGGCAGAGGAACCACUCGGCAUUCAUCUCACCCACUUCACUGGCCCCGACGGAACGGAUCUUGGGGUGUUCAUUGGAGCCAUGGAUGAGAAUGGGUUUGCUAUGAAGAGUGAGAAAUUGAAGAUAAACGACAGGAUACUCGCCUGCAAUGGGGUUGACUUCACCAAGGACCCUUACAGACAGUGAGAUGAGGAGAUAUUCCUGGAGAUGGUGGCAAAGGAGCCUCUAUUGCGAAUAGCCAUCAGUCGCGGACUGACUCUCUCACUGGAGGACCUGGGUCAGGGGGGGAGGGAGGAGGAGGAGGAGGGGGAGGGUGGGGGGAGGGGUGACACCGCUAAGCAGACAGGGGAAGCAUCAGCAUCCUCGUCCAGGGGGGAGGGAGGGAGGAGGAGAGAGGGAGAACGCGAGAGUAAGCCGGAUGCCUCCACUGUUGCUCCAUCUAACACAGUCACCAACACCAGGCAGAUCGGGGUUAAACACACCAUACAGAUCACCAAGGGAACUCGCGGAUACGGCUUCGGGAUUGCGUCACGUGACGUAACCACCGACGACAAGAACACUCCGGUGUACGUCAAGAACAUUGUCCACGAAGGCCCCGCCUUCCAGAGCGGUCGUCUCAGACUGGGAGACAGAAUUCUCGAGGUGAACGGGCGAGGAGUGGAGGGGUUAAAUCACCAGGAGGUGGUUCAGCUACUGAGAGAGAGUGAGGGGAGUGUCACUGUACUCAUAUCUCGACAGGAGGUCGUCGAGAAACAUGAUGAGAACGAGUUUCCCUCCACCCCAUCCUCCUCCUCCUCGGCAACAGCCACGCCCCCCAAAGAGGCGACGACAGUAGGGAAGACAGUCCUAAACCUGGAGAUUCCGCUGUACGACUCCGGGCCGGCUGGACUGGGUGUGACCGUGUUCGGGCGGUCCACGCUGGGCCCCGCCCACCGGAGGGGAGACAUGGGCAUCUUCAUCAAGAGUGUGGUACCAGGCGGAGCUGCUGCCAUGGACGGACGACUGAUUCGCGGAGACCAGCUCCUGGCUAUCAACUCUCAGUCUCUGCUGGGGAGGUCAAACGCUGAGGCCCUCGACACGUUGCGCAAGACCCUCGCCACGGCAACCGACAGUGGCUCAAAGAUAAAGGUGGUGGUGGCGAGGAAGACGGGCUCUAAUAGGAAACAGCCCGGCAUGGCAGCUCUUGAAGAAAGCCCCAUUGAGGAUGAGGUAGAGAGAGGAACAGAACCAGCUACUAACGAGGUCGGCAUUGACAUUGGUGUGGAGGCCAGUCAAACCAGUCAUACCAGUCAUACUGGUAAAACCAGUCAUACUGGUCAGACGAUUGGAGAGAGUGCUGAGUCAGCAGGAGGAAGGAGAAGGGGCGGGGCAAGUCAGACUAGUGUGGGAACUGCCGCUGCCGAGAACGAGGCUUCGCAGAGCAGUGUGGACCUGGAGCCGAGACGAGGAAUACUCCGAAACUCCACCGAAUCCCCAGGCCACUCCCCCAAGUCAUCGUCCUCGGCAACAGGCCACACCUCCUACAAAUCCCACACCCUCCCCAACUACUCACCGACGUCGGCGAAACGUCUGAGCCCGUCGCUCACCCGACGGACGCAGAAACCACCAUCAUCUUCUUCCUCUCAACCCUCGAGCCCCGGACUCCACAAAACCUAUCUCCCUGUGAAGAAAGAGAGUCCAGGCUCCUCUCGAAGACUGAUGUCGGCCUCUGGCGGUCUCUUGGGCAGCGGAGAGUUUGACAGACUCGAGCCGAAACAGGAACUUGAGCUGGCACCAACCCACAGUUCACAGGGCUACGGUGGUGGGAGUGGCUCGCAGGGCUACGGUGGGAGUGGCUCGCAGGGCUACAGCGGGUCCCAGGGUUACGGCUCACAAGGUUACGGAGGAAGCGGUUCCCAAGGUUACGGAGGAAACGGUUCCCAAGGUUACGGAGGAAGUGGAAUACAGGGUUACGGAGGAAGUGGUUCGCAAGGGUACGGAGGUCAUCAUUCGGGGCCCUGGGGAGGAAUGGACGGGGAGAUGGGAGGAAUGAUAAGAACCUCCAGUCUCAACAGCGACCUCUCUUCCCUCAUCAGUCUGCAAUACCCCCGUUACCCCGGUUACCCCGGAGUAUACCCCGGAAAUCACCCCCACCUCUCUCCCGGUUUUCCCCCACACCUUCACCACUCCAACCCCACUGGUGCCGUGGAUCCCAUGGUAACAGGCCAUGCCCCCCAUUUACUCCACCCAAGACUCCAAAACGGAGGUAACUACGAACGCCAUUUCUCCCCCGGGGACCUCGGGUACGGUAUCCGUGGUAACGAGAUGGGGAAUCCCCACGGCUACGAAGGUCUGCGACGGCAACAUGAUCAGAGUCAGUCAAGCGAACUGUUGUCUCACUCUCUUCCUCACGGCGGCUACGAGGCCACUGGUCCCAGUGUCUCCUUCUCCGCCGUCACUCUCAGCAGGGAGCAAGCUCCUACAAGGGGUUCCGGGAGGAAGGACCGUCAGAGGUCAGAGUCCAGCAGAGGAGGCGUGUCAACAGCUGAUGGUGGAAGUGGCUCUGAACUGUCUGACAUCUACACUCAUAAUUCCAGGUCAACCUCUCACACGAGGUCGGCGACCCCGCCCCCUCCCCGGGGGGGAGAAGAUGAGGAGGACGAGGAACGUCGGUCGCUAGGUGACCUCAGACUCUCGGACUCAGAACCAUCCUCGUUUCGCCGUGACGACAAGGGGCGCAUAUCAAUCACAAAGAAAACCAAGAAGAACCCUCGCCAGGACUUUGCCCAUUUAACCCUUUCCAACCCGGUGCCUCUCCUGGAGGGCGAGGCGGGGCUGUACCGAACAGGCUCAGACGGAUGUCUCCCUGAGACUGUGGAGAGAGAACAGCCUGAGCUGCUGGCAGGAGUGGAGCUGGGACCUAAUCUUGGAAUGGUGAAGAGCAGUUCUCUGGAGAGCCUCCACAACAUGGUCUCCCACUCCAUCAUCAAGAGAGAGGGGGUGGGGCUGAGGGGCGUGGCCAGAGCUCCACCCAUUGCUUCGUCUCUCAGGCGACCUAUUGACCCUCGGAGUGGAGUUGUUCCCAUUCCAACGUUCCCUGGAAGCCUGAGUGCCAAUGCAGCUGUCAUCAGUUUCACCAAAAAUCCAACCAGCAAGAAAUCGCAGAAGAAAAGCAUCUUCAAGAAAGUCUUCAAAAAAAGGAAGAGCGGUAGAACAAGUCCAGUGGUGGCAAAGAGAAACCGGGGGCAAGUCCGUCAGACUACGACACUAGAUCGAUGGACGGUGACCUGGAGGAGGAGGGGGAGAGAAGAGGGAGCGACAGAACUGUCCACACUCCAGACGGUUACGAUAGCAACGACGAACUCCUAGCAACCAUUGCCAAAGUCUGACCUUCGUAUUAUCAUUUUAUUCACAGACACUGGAUCUUGUUAUGUCUAUGUCUCACGCAGUCAUUAUUUUUAUCUCCUCUCUCUCUUUCUUCUCCCUCUCUCUGGUGUUAUAAUUAUGCUGCCGCCCGAGGUGAGAAGAAAUGUAUUGUGAACCGAUCUGUAAUAUAUAACAUACCAGUCUCAGAUUUUUAUUGCUCUGUAAUGUUUUACAAUUUUAAUUCUCUAUGUCUCUUCAAGCAAGCGUAUUAUAUUAUAGCAAGAACAUUAUGCACGUAAAAGAGAGGGAGCGCAAUUGUUGCGCGCAUGCGCAUACGUAUUUGGCGGGGGGAGAGGGGGCGGAGCUGAAAGGAGGAAGGAGAACACGUGAGGUGGUGGUUCGUGUUGUGAUGGCGCUGCAGGAAAAUAAGAAAGCCAAGGAGCGUUCUUCCUGCAUUGUGAUCCCUGAUAGUUACCUUGGAUACGAUCUCUCCCAUUUCUGUAUCCCCGCCCACUAUGCCGAGGACCUCAGCUACGUUCUGAUACCACGAGGACUCAUCCUGGACCGGACAGCUAGAAUGGCUCAGGACAUUUGCCGCGAGCUGACAGCUCCUCUGGUAGCUCUGUGUAUUUUGAAGGGAGGCUACCAGUUCUUUACAGACCUACUGGACUUUAUAAAGACAUACAACUCCAACACCGACAGAUCCUUCCAAAUGCAGGUCGACUUCAUAAGACUCAAGAGUUACGUGGACGACAAGUCAACUGGCAACAUCCAAGUCAUCGGAGGAGACAAUCUGGAAUCCCUAACUGGAAAGAAUGUUCUCAUUGUUGAGGAUAUAAUUGAUACAGGUAGCACUAUGAGAAAGCUACUGACAAUGCUGGACAAGUACAAGCCUGCCUGCGUUCGGGUUGCUAGGUAAGAAAAAGUGGGCGGAGCAUAAGAACAAGUGGGCGGAGCAUACUGUAUAUAUAUAGCAGGCUUUUGUUUGUAAGAAAUUUUCAUGUUUGCGUAUAUCCGACCUGGAUGGACGUGUUCAGUUUUUCACGCAAUGGAGCGUUGAUUGUAUAUACAAUCAUGUGAAAUAGAGAGAACGAACGUUUUCCCUGAAGAAAAAACAUUUCGUGGAUUUGGAGCAUUUUUACAGCGGGAGAGAAGCAAUUUGUCUGGGAAAAAUUUUGUUAUGCUACUUAUACGAUAUUAUUUAUAGGAUAUAUAGAGUACUCAUGCGUAUAUAGUGUCUCGGUCUUAACGUGUGUGUUUCAGUCUGCUGGUUAAGAGGACCUCGAAGAGCACUGGCUACAAACCCGACUACUCGGGAUUCGAGAUACCUGACGAGUUUGUGGUCGGGUAUGCUCUGGAUUACAACGAGUAUUUCAGAGAUCUGAAUCACAUUUGUGUCAUCAACGAAAACGGAAAAGACAAGUAUGGAGCGCGAUCAUAGUUUUAUAACCGUGGAAACCUCACAACUUAGCAAUAAAUAUAAUGAUGUUAACUGACGUCGAGAUUCGUAAUAUGUACAAAACGGAGUGCUGCAAAAUAUGGAGAGAAAGUGUGGAUCACGUAAUGGCAGAGAGAGAUCAGUGACAGUGAGUGGUUGCUAGGAGAUGAGUGGUUGCUAGGAGAUAGAAGAUGAAUUAGAAGUGGAAAAUCAACUGUUUAGAAUAAUCAUUAAAUUUGGAGACUAAAAACCGUGUUGAAAAAUGUUGUGGUGUCCCUAGUCCAUUAGGUUGUUAGCGGCAACCAAUGCUCCCAGAAUCUUCUUGCUAGCGAUGGCGUCUGCUCGAGAGUUCAUGCAGACAGUGUAACUGUUCCCCUCCAGACCUUUACACGAUCGCGGCUUGUAGUUCUUACGGAGGUACGGUUCCACUGCUCUCAUUGCGUAGACAUUCGUCUCCAGGACCUUAUCAAUGAAUCUCACAUCGUCGUUAGAAUUCCCCCUCGUGGUUCCAAACCCACCAAUCAGAUUGUAGUCUGCCCGAUACAGGGCCACUAUCUGGUAGUUGUAGCGAAUGAAGAAGCCAGUGUCAGACGUAAUGGCGGAUUUCGGAGGUCUUUGUGAAUAUUGUUCGAUCAGCUCUGGUUUGUAGAAAGAGAACGCGACGGGGAAAAAAGCCUGCGCCCCUUUCUUAACGAGCAUUCUACAGUGAGCGAGGAAUUCUUUUGUAAAGUGGAAGUUUAGAUCGAAGAGAAGCAACAAGCUGUCGUCGCUUAGUUUUUCGGCAAUGUGGUCGUAACCAUGGGAAUACGAGAACGGAGUAUCCCCCAUGGGGUAGAGGGAAAUGGAGUGUUUGGGGUAAGCCUGUUGGAGUCGCACCACUGCCCCCUCGGUUUUGGGGUUGGUUCCAAAUAUGGCAACAUGGAGAUGUGUAUGGGUCGCUGCCGAGCGCAGACACGUAUUUUCAUAGAAAUGGAAGAAUUCAGUUGUGUCGUGUGUCCUAGCAACGCAUAGCAACACGUGUACAGUCUGCUCCAACACUGUAGCAGCCUCGCUGUAUGUUGCCAUGCCGGCACCUUGGAACGGCAGGAAAACGUUCGCUAGAUAUUCGAUCGGUUCCGAAUCUCCUUCACGAUGGACAGACACGUGCAAAUUGUAUUGUACCCCAGAGGAAUGGUCGGUGAUUGUGUAGCCGUCAAACAGUUGGUAAGGUGGCACAAACGCUUGUGGUUUUCCAUCAAUUGAAUUCAUGACGUCCAGUAGGACCUCCAGUGCGGUAUUGCUCCCGGCCAUAAGGCCAGGCGGGAGAGAGAUCGCUGGCAUGUGCUCAUAGUUAAGGAAGAGUCGUGUGGAGUUGAAGUACUCCCAGAUGGAUAUCUCGUAGCGGGACGAGGGGUUGGUGCCGAGGUCGUACCACAGCCAGCGGUGGUCAUGGUAACGACUCAUGGUUGGCGGGAGGAGCGAGGAGAUGCUCUGGAUCUCUGCCUGGACACGAGAGGCCUUCUGGAUGAGGUAAUGGAGUCUGAGCUCCUGCAUGUACUGAUGUACGCGGUACAUGAGAAGAGGGUCUUUGAUUGGGUGGAGGGAAAUGGUUGCCUUGACUGCGUCACUGGUGUAGAGC